CGCCCAAAAGAAAAAAUAAUGAAAAUAAAGGUCGCUUACCCCCUAAUUAAGUUGCUUCAUCAUCCCCAUCUCUCUUUCUCAUUCUCAUUUUUUCCUUCAGAGACUCUUUCUUCCAGAAAUGGCAGAGCCAAGUUUCUAUAUCGGAGUCAUAGGAAAUGUAAUCUCCCUUCUCGUCUUCCUCUCACCAGUGGAGACGUUUUGGAAAAUAGUGAAGCGAAAAUCGACCGAAGAGUACAAAAGCUUGCCGUACAUUUGCACGUUGUUAGGAUCGACGUUAUGGACAUACUACGGCAUCGUCACUCCCGGAGAAUAUCUUGUCUCAACCGUUAAUGGCUUUGGUUCUCUUGUUGAAAUCAUCUAUGUCUUGCUUUUUCUCAUUUAUGUCCCUCGACAUCUCAAGUUAAAUACAAUCGUAGUGGUUGCGUUGUUGAACGUCUUUUUCCCAGUAGUAGCGAUUGCUGCCACGAGAAGUGCGUUUCAAGAUGAGAAAAUGCGUUCUCAAUCGAUGGGGUUCAUCUGUGCUGGCCUCAACAUUGUAAUGUAUGGUUCUCCUCUUUCUGCUAUGAAAACAGUAGUGACGACAAAGAGCGUGAAAUACAUGCCGUUUUGGUUGUCGUUUUUCCUCUUCUUAAACGGCGCGAUCUGGGCAGUGUAUGCUUCACUCCAACACGACGUUUUUCUACUUGUGCCAAAUGGAGUGGGGUUUGUGUUUGGGACAAUACAACUCAUACUUUAUGGAAUUUACAGAAACGCCAAACCGGCCGGUUUAAGCUCAAGUAAGAUUGCUGCAGAUGAAGAGGAAGGCCUCACAGCACGUGCCCCUCUCCUUUCUUAAACCUAUUUUAUAAAAAAUUAUAAGAUACUUUCUUUUAGUUUUUUGGGGAGUGUUUGUGUUGAUUUUCUUUUAUAAAUAAAAUCUUUUUAUCAUUUCUUUGCCAUUAUUGUGGUGUACGAUUUUUUGUGUCUUGUUUUUUGAAGCAAAUUAGAUCAAACUGGUGUGUCCUUUUUUUGUCUUGUACUUGUAAUGAUACACGUUAAUAUAGUAUCGAUCGGAGGAUUGUCGGCCA